AUGACAGUUGAAUCUUUUAAUAAUCUAAACCUUGGAAACUUCAAUGAGAUAACAUUAAAUAAUUUACUAAAUCAAUUGAAUAAAAUCUAUUCAUUAAACAAUAUAUUGAUUUUGGAUCCUGUUUUAUCACCAUUAUUGAAUUAUUUAACACCGUUUCAAAAUAUAAAAAAUUCUUCAAAAUGUCAAAAUGUAAUAUGGUUUAAUCAAGAUUUGUUGAAUAUUUCAAAGGAUAUAUUACUGGGAUACUCAAGCUUAAUUGUUAUACUACCUGAAAACUCAGAAACUAAUGGUAAUUUAAACUUAUUUCAUCAAUUUAUUCAACGAUUUCCAACAAUUAAGGUUAAUUUGAUAGUUAAAGAUUGUUCCAAACGGUUCUUAUUACAAUUGAAUGAUAAAUUACAAGGCAUAUUAAUCUUUGAAAAGAUCAUAAACUUAUCUGAAAUUACAAAUUUAAGUAUAUCUACAAAAAUCAAAUUGUUUAAUUGGAAAACUUUGCCUGUUUACAUUGAUGACAUUUUAAUAUGUAAUAUAGAUGAUAAAUUAAAUGGAAUUAAUGAAUAUUUUGAAACUCCAAUACUGCAAGUCAACCAAUUAUCAGAUGCUUUAAUUAAUUUAUUAUUCAAAGGUAUAACUUCUCAAAAUCAUCAACAUAUUUUUAAACUACGAAAUGUAUUUGGAAAGGGUAACAAUUCUAGUUUAUUAAUUGACCAACUAUUAAAAAUUAAAUUAAACCAAUUUUAUAACUCAAAUUUCACUGAUUUAGAGACUGAUUUUUAUGAAAAUCUAUUUAAAAGUAAUACUGAUUUAGUUGUAAUUGAAAGAAACUUGGAUUAUUUUCCAAUUAUAUUCAACCAACUAAACUACCAUGGAAUUAUAGAUGAUCUUUUCAAUAUAAACUUUGAAAAGAUAACCAAAUUGGAACCUCCAAAUAAUAAAUUAAAUGAUGAUUUAUAUAACCAAGAUUUAAAACAUUUAAAUUUUGCAAUGAUUGGGUCUAGAUUAAACAAAUUAGCCAAAAUAGUACAACAACAAUUCAAAUCUUCAAAUCCAAAUGACUCAAACCUCGACGAGAUGAAAAAUUUAGUAUCAAACCUAGGUAAUUUGUCACUUCAACAAGAUUUAAUUAAGAAACAUACUUUUAUAGGAGAAGAAAUUUUAAGAAACACAGUUGAAUUAACUGAAUUAGAAACAUUUAUUAAUUUUCAAAAUGAUGUAUUUGAAAUGGAUUAUAAAUUACAAUUAUCAAAAUUGAAAUAUUUUUUAAAUAAUAAUUUCAAAUUAGAAUUUAUUUGGUCAACCAUUAUACUUAUCAGUUUAAUCAAUGAUGGAAUACAAAAUAAAGAUAUAGAUUGGAUUAGUAAUGAGUUACAUGGUAAUUAUGGACUUAAGAUGAGUAUAAAUUUAGAAAAAUUGAUAAAUUAUAAAAUUAUAAGAGUCAUUGAAGACUCGAAUACUAAUGAUUUCUUUUCAACUUUGGGGUUAAUACAGAAAAAGCAAACAACACCACUACCAAAUAAUAUAAUUGAAGAUAAUUCAAUGGGUAUAACUGGUGGUAAAGACAUAUACAAGAGUAAUUAUACAUUAAUUAAUAAAUUUUGGAAUUUACAUCCAAUGGAAGGGGAAGAAGAGACUAGUGAGACUAUAAAUGAGAAUUCGACUAAUCUAUUAGACUUGUAUCCUAAUCCAUCAUUUACAUUACCUGGUAAUACAGUGCCUUUAAUUUACAGAAUAAUUGAAUCAUUAUAUUUUAGAGAUUUUUUGAAAUAUAAACCAGUUGCCAAUUUACAAAAGAGACCAAAUUGGGAUAAUCUAGGUUUGAAUACAAUGUUUGCUGGGAAAACUAUUGACUUAAACUUGGAUAAUGUAAAUGAUAAUAAUUCAAAAUUUAUCAUUAUUGUUAUUAUUGGAAGUAUUGCAAGAAGUGAAAUUACAUGUCUCAAAUACUUACAAGAGAAAUUACAAAGAAAUGGACAAAAUAAACAAAUUAUAAUAGUUUCAAAUGGGAUAAUUAAUAAUACAAAAUUGUAUAAUUAUAUAAAUUCAUAA